AUGAAAUUUUACAAGUCGGAAGAGUUUAAGGGAUGGGUGCAUGACAUGCAGUUGAUUGAUUUGCCUCUUACGGAUAGGAAGUUUACAUGGUUUAGGGGGCGGUCUUGUAGUCGGAUUGAUAGAGUGAUGGUGACUAUUGAAUGGACUGAGCAGUUUCCGGAUAUUAGGAUAAAGGGUGGCCCAAGGGGGCUAUCCGAUCACUGUCCAUUGAUAUUGGAUGGGACAAGAUUCGGAGGGGCACCUCGACCGUUCAGAAGUCUGGAUUCCUGGUUUACGCAUGAGGGGUUUCUGAGAAUGGUGAAGGAUGAAUGGCAAAGCCUCGGAGAAGCGCAGUUCACGUGCAAACUGAGGGCUUUAACAGAACCAUUGCGGAAAUGGCACAAGGAGAACUUCAGGGACAUGGAUAAGAGACUUAUGAGGUUUGAGGAGGAGCUUACCAGGCUAGACAAUUUAGUCAGUGAUGGAAUUUAUGAUGGUACAACAGAGGCUCGACGGAAGGCGCUUGUGAGCUUUUGUUCAAAAUGGGAUGGCUUAGUAAAGUGUAUCCAUAGGGCUGAGGCUGAAGCUUUAGAAGCAAUGCCAACGGAGGAGGAAAUCAAGGAGGCUGUGUGGGACUGCGAAUCUUCCAAGGCCCCAGGGAGUGAUGGGUAUAACAUGAACUUCAUAAAGAAAUGCUGGGAGGACAUUGGGCGGGAUUUCAUUGCUGCGGUAUUGGGGUUCUUUCAAAGUGCGAAGAUGCCAACGGAUGCCAAUGUCACUUGGGUGACACUAGCUCCAAAGUUUGAAGGUGCAAAGGAGGUGAAGGAUUUUCGGCCAAUUAGUAUGGUGGGGUGUGUGUAUAAAGUGAUUUCGAAGGUGUUGGUGAGAAGAAUGCGAGCUGUGAUGCCGGGGUUGGUCGGAGAGACUCAAACUGCGUUUGUUAAGGGAAGAAAAAUUCAUGAUGGCGCCCUCAUAGCCUGCGAGACGGUUCAUUGGCUGAAGACCCGGAAAAAGACAGCAGCCAUUAUCAAACUGGAUUUUCAAAAGGCCUAUGACAGAGUGCGAUGGAGUUUUGUUGACAUUGUGCUCCAGAAAAUGGGCUUUGGCCAAAGAUGGAGGAGUUGGGUGAAGGAGGGUGUUACUACGGCUACCAUGGCAGUCUUGGUGAAUGGGUCACCGUCUAAGCCAUUCAAGAUGGAGAGGGGACUAAGACAAGGGGACCCGCUCUCUCCACUGCUGUUCGUUUUAGUGGUUGAUGUUUUGCAUCGGAUGUUGGGGGAAGCUGUCAGGAACGGACGCAUUGCUCCACUGCUGGUAGGGGGAGAUCAUAUUGAACUGUCACACUUACAGUUCGCAGAUGACACUAUCUUGUUCUGCCCGCCGGAGACUGAAACAAUUGUUAACUAUAAGAGACUGUUGCGGUGCUUUGAGUUGAUGUCGGGGCUGAGCAUCAAUUUUGAAAAAUCAAAUCUGAUAUCGGUGAACUGUGAGCAAAGAUGGAUUGAUCAGGCAUGUGGAAUACUGGGAUGCCAGCAAGCUGCUCUACCGGUAAGAUACUUGGGAAUUUCUUUAGGUGCAAAUCCGCGGCUAGUAAAGACUUGGAAACCAAUCAUUGAUAAGGUGGAACAGAAGCUUAGCUUGUGGAAAGCGAAGGUGUUGAAUAAAUCAGGGAAGCUGGUCCUUAUCAAGUCGGUACUGAAUAGUCUUCCCAUAUAUUAUCUUAGUCUGUACAAGAUGCCGAAAGCCGUGGCAGACAAGCUGAUCACUCUACAACGGAACUUUAUGUGGUGUAAGGAGAAUGGUAACUCUGGUAUACCUAUGGUUAAGUGGGAGCUAGUACAGGCUCCAAAAAAGGUGGGGGGCUUGGGGGUUGGUGAUGCAAUGCUAAGGAACACAGCGCUCCUGUUUAAGUGGUGGUGGCGGUUUUCAAAGGAGGAUUGCCCGCUGUGGAAGAAGAUUGUUUGUUCGUGUAACAAGUUGAACCCGAAUGUAAUAUUGGCAACUCAGCCUUUACAAGUAAAAGGAGGGCCUUGGAGGGACAUCUGUCAGCUGAAUAUAAAAGAACCGCGGAUUCGGGAUAAAAUGGUAAGUGGACUGGCAAUGGAAAUAGGCAAUGGUAUGCAAACCCGAUUUUGGGAAGAUAACUGGAUUCAAGGGGGUGUUCUCAAAGGGAGUUAUCCGAGACUAUACUCUAUCUCAAGCCAGCAAGGACUUCUAAUUGGGGACUGUGGCUUUUGGGAUGGGCUUGAUUGGAUUUGGAAUUUCCAAUGGAGGAGGGAGUUGUUCCAAUGGGAGCUAGAACUUGUCAAUCAGCUGCAUGAGAGGUUAAGGCCAGUGAGGUUGUCAUCAGGUCGGGAGGACAGCGUGGUGUGGAAGUUUGACAAUAAAGGUGUUUUCUCUACUCGUUCUGUGAUACAGGCUAUACAAGCGGAGACUCUUUCGGCUGAAAUAACGAGUUAUAGUUUCACGAGCUCCGUUUGGAAAGGUUUUGUUCCUCCGAGGAUUGAGCUAUUUGGGUGGUUUGUGCUAGUUGAUCGAGUUAACACCAAGGAGCGGCUGGGUAAAAUAGGAGUCAACAUUCUGGGGGAUAGUUUAUGUGUAAUGUGUACUAAGGAAUUAGAAUCUGCUGAGCAUUUAUUCCUUAGGUGUGAGGUAGCUUGGCAGGUGUGGUGUAAGUGGUUGAGGUCACUAGGUAGAGCGUGGGUGAUCCCUGGAACCAUUAGGGAAAUGUUUGAAAGCUGGCAUGGCUUGCAUAAUAGACAACAAGGGCAGCAGAUGUGGAUGACAGUGUUCUUUGCAGUUAUUUGGAACAUCUGGUUGGAACGGAAUGCACGAAUCUUUAAGAAUACAAGAGCAAGCCUGGAGGUUGAUUCAAUAUCGAAUUUCACGGAUGAACCGGGUGGCUACAAUCGAAGAGGAGCAACCAAGGAUUCGAAAAGUAAGCAUCCUUCGUCGGAGUCUUUGGUGGAAAAGGAGUUGAGUGUGGACAAAUUAGAGAUCUCGAGACGAAUGAAGCUGGCACACGAGGAAGGCAACAAGAGCAAAGUUCUAGAAAGGCUUGAUUCCGAUGCGCAGAAGUUGAUAAACCUUCAAAUAACCAUACAAGAUUUGAUGAAGAAGAUGGAGAUUACUGAGAAAAGCGCAAAGGGAAAAGGUGUUGACUAUGAAGCUGCGAAAGGACAACUUGAAGCUGCUCAAGAGACCGUCACGAAGCUGUCCGAUGCCAACAGUAAGCUGACAAAGAAUGUCAAAGAAGGUACAUUGUCUUCCGGCAGGAAGGACUCGGCAGACUUGGACGAGAGCGGAAGCGUCGGCAAAGAGAGAGGAGUCUUGGAACAGGCACGGCGAGGAUCCGAAAAAAUAGGACAACUGCAGCUAGAGGUUCAAAGACUGCAGUUUCUGCUUCUGAAACUUGAUGGUGGAAAAGAAAACAAGGAGAAAGCAAGAUUCAUGGAUCGAAGUCCUCGAGUACUUUUGCGCGAUUAUCUCUACGGCGGCGCAAGAAACAACCAGCAGAAGAAGAAGAAGAAAGGUUUUUGUGCAUGUGUGAGACCUCCAACCAAAGGAGAUUGAGUUAGCAAAACCAUUUUCUCGGCAUAUUUUUAGCAUAGUAUUAUUUCAAAUAACAUGAGACAUUACAUUUAGCUUUCUUGUUUGUAAAGUUUCCUUUUUUAUAUAGAUGGUAUAAAUGAUCCUUACAUGUUUUGAUCCUUUUGUACAUUUUGUGCCUCAUAUAUUCAUAAGAAGAGGCUAAGAUGGAAUUUUCACCAUUUUGUUUUUCUA